AUAACAGAAAGCUUUGGUCAUAAAGCUGUCAGACCUCAGCAGAUUCUCCUCUCUGUAUUGAUGGAGACCUUGGAGGGAAGUGAACUCUGCUUUCCACAACUCCUCAACACCUCCUGCAGGAAGCCAGUGCGUCCUCAUUUUGAGACCAUGCUGAUUUACAUUCUGCUGUCCUCCAUCUCUCUGCUCACUGUAGUUCUUAACCUGCUGGUCAUCAUCUCAAUCUCCCACUUCAAGCAGCUCCACACCCCCACCAACCUCAUCCUCCUCUCUCUGGCUGUUUCAGAUUUCUUCGUGGGUUUCGUAAUGUGCUUUCAAAUUAUUCACUUAGAUGGCUGCUGGUUCCUUGGUGACCUCAUGUGUGCUCUGGGUCAGUAUCUAGCAUACAUUAUUACUUCUGCCUCAGUAGGAACCAUGGUGCUUAUAUCUGUUGACCGCUUUGUGGCUAUUUGUCAUCCUCUGCAUUACUCCACUGAAAUCACUGAAAAAAGAGUUCAAGUCUGUGUUUGUCUGUGUUGGGUGUGUUCUGUAAUCUUUCAAAGUCUGAUUCUGAAGGAUAUCCUGGAAAAAACAGGCAGGUAUAUAUCCUGUGUUGGAGAGUGUAUCAUUGUUGUUAACUACAUUGCUGGACUUGUAGAUCUUAUUUUUUCCUUCAUUGUUCCCAUUACUGUUAUUGUUGUUCUCUAUAUGAGAGUUUUUGUGGUGGCUGUGUCUCAGGCUCGUGCCAUGCGGUUGCAUAUUGCAGCUGUCACACUCCAGAAAUCAGUGAAAGUAACUGCUAAAAAAUCUGAAAUGAAAGCAGCCAGGACUCUUGGUGUUGUUGUAGUUGUGUUUCUAAUAUGUCUCUGCCCAUAUUAUUGUGUUGCUCUUACAGGCCAAGAUAACUUGCUCAAUGCUUCAUCUGCAACUUUUGUAAUAUGUUUGUCCUACUUUAACUCCUGUCUAAACCCUUUGAUUUAUGUCCUUUUUUAUCCCUGGUUUAGAAAAACCAUUAGGCUCAUUGUUACAUUUAAGAUAAUGCAGAGUGAUUCCCGUGAAGCCAAGAUGUUGUAAAGAGACUCUGCAUGGUUCCUGCAAUUAGACACUCAGUAUGGUCAUAGUCAUAGUUUUUGAAACUGUGAACAUAUUCAUACCCGCAUUAAUGGAUACUCUUUUUUUUUUGCUUUUUUUUUUAUAAAGCGUGUGCUUUUUACAAGUUGCACACACACUUUAAGUUAGGGUGUUUACACACUUGGCCCUUUUCAGCCCUCCAAACAAAGAACAAUUAGUCUGCAUUUUUUUGUAUUUUAGCCAGGUCCACUGCAACAUGGGUGUGCAUCACGCUCAUAGGGCAGCCAAAUGAUCAUUGAUCAGAAUGUUAUAUCCAGGGUGCAGCACCUAGUGUUACCAUGUUUUGUUAUCAUUUUAUGUUCAGCUUGCUUCUCUAUCUCUCUCCUCUGCAGGGCAGUGGGCAGGGUUCAGCUCCACACACAAGUGGACAACUCAAGUGAAGUAGAAAUAUUAAACCUGCUUUGCCAACAGUUGUUACAGCCACAGCAUUCCUGUCUGCUAUAAAUCUGUCCACCUAGCUACGCACAGAGGUUGACCAAAGUCUUGUCUCCCACAAAAGCCUUAUUUAUUUCAAACAGUGUCUGAAACAUAAUUAGCUCAUAAAUCCUCAUAAAUCAACCUUAACUGACAUCAUACUUACUAACAGACCACACACAUACCCUGCCUCUGGAGUUUUUACACUUGGUGUUAGUGAGCACUGCCUUGUUACUCUAAUAAGGAUUAAAGCUGUCUGUAUGUAGUCUAAGGGGCCGUCCACACGAAUACGUUUUUUUCAAAUCUGGAUAAAUACUUUAUCGUAUCGGCCUCGCGUCCAGACGGAUACGGCGUUUUUGGGGUGUGAAAACUGUAUUUUUUUAAUAUGGGUCCCAGAGUGGGAAAAUCUGAAAACGCCGGAUUGCCCGGAGUUGUCUGGACGACAACAACAACAACAAUGGCGGACUACAACUACUUGUUUGUAAACAGUGCCUGACCUUUAUACGCAUGCUAUAAGAGAAUUUACCGCUUCACUCCACAUGCAAGAUUUAUUUGCAUCAAUACAGGAUACAAGCAAACCGAGUUGUCUCGAGAAUCAACUAACUUGAACAAAGAACAUCAUUCUAUUAUAUUCCUCUUUCCCAAGGGUGUCUAUUGGUGACGUGUAAUGUCUGAUAAACAGUAGUCAUAACACAUCUGAUGCCCUACUCUCCAGGAGACAGCCUUGGUCUUUGGAAUGUGCUUAGCUCAUGGCACAAUGAAUAACACUCUCCUAACUAGUGUGAGACAACCAGAGUGUGAAUACAUGAGGAUUAACAUACAUGAACAUAAAAUAUUAUACUGUAAGCCUGUAAAAUUAAACAUGAAAUAACACAACAUAAUAUAGUUUGCUUCAUGUUCACAGAACCUUAUCCCUGAAUGCAUUUUCCCAAUACACCACAAAUCUGAGAGGACACGAGGAAGGACUGAUAUUGACUGAUGUCUGUGUUUGAUGUCAGUAAUAUUAUUUAUUUUAUUAAAAUUUUAGAUUUGUUUACAGUUUAUACAGUGACUUUGCUGUUGUAAACGUUAUUGUUGCUGUUCAAGACAGAACAUUUAGUUAUAUUAAAUAUAGAAAAUACUGUAUAUUCUACUCCUGUUCAAAACUGCAAACUGUGUUAUUGUGUAUAUAUAUUAGUGCUGUCAAACGAUUAAAAUAUUUCAUUAAUGUCAUA